AAGUCAUCACGUGGCCACGCUAUUUAUACGCACUAUCUUUCUCUUUUAGUCUUCUACAGCGCGAAAUCUAGACUGCCCCUUUCCACAAGAACCAUCGUUCAACAAGCAUGCCGUCAGACUCCAACAAAACCUACCUCUCCUCACUAACAGCGGACAUUCCCCCUCCCGCCUACGCUCGCCCCGAUCACCCUCUCGAACCAGGAGCCAGUAACGAAGGCGAACCCGCCGUUACCAGAUGCAAACGGCCAACUCUCGAGAAGCUCCUCGCGAAGUUAGACCGCCUAGCCGAGCAAUCAGACGUCGAGCCCCACGUCAGCGAGCAGACCAAACGCGUCAUCGCUUCAUACCGGAAGCACUGUAUUUUGGCGGAAGCUGCGCGCCAGCAGCUGGAAGGGAGUCAUGGGGAUGUGUUGGCGGGGAUGGGGAAGAGUGCCGCGGAGAUGGUGAGGAUGGGACGUGUGGAUAGCGUUGAUGGGGGAGGAAGAAGUGAUGAGAGCACAGAUGCGGAGAUGGCGAGUCUAAUGGAGCGAGUGCGAAGGGCACCUUCGGAGGCAGCGAGGAAGCGCGUCAGCGAGGGAGAGAAGGAAAGGUAAAGCACA